GAUUCGAUCGAAUUGUAAUUAUUUAUUAGAAUUCCGACCUUUUCAAUCCAUUUUGUUCUAAUCGAGAUCGAAGCUGGUUCGUGUACAAUAACGUGGCCUAGAAUGGAUUAAAAAGACGCAAUAUAAUGGAAAAUUAUUCCAAUUCAGCAGGAAAACAUGUUUCUCGUACUUCUACUGUUUAUCAGUGCUCGUAUCGCGUAUGGAUUCAAUGACUUUCCAUCGCUCACGACUGCGAAUGCUACUAUGGCGGUUAUCAUCGAAGAGAAUUUCUUCAAGGAUAAAUCCUAUUAUGAUUGGACAUCAAAAGAAGUUUAUAAUUUUAUAUUUAACGGUGUUAAGGAUAAUAUGAAAUUUAGUAGUAUCGAUUUUCAUAUCUUCCAUAAUGUCGAUAUUAGUCUCAAAAGAGAUUAUACUGUGUUGCUAUCCAUUGUUACGUGUGAUGAAACAUGGCGGUUAUUUAAAAUCGCGCAGAAGGAGCAUCUUGUUCAUUUAGCAAUAACUGAUUCGGAUUGCCCACGACUUCCGGAAAAUGGUGGAAUAAGUAUACCUAUGAUGCAACCGGGCGAGGAGUUGCCCCAAAUUCUCUUGGAUUUAAGGAUGAGCAAGGCGUUGAAUUGGAAAAAAAUAAAUGUCUUACAUGAUCAAAUCCUUGGAAAAGAUACGAUCAGCAGAAUUCUCAUGGUCUUUUCGAGAGAGUUUGAAAAAAAUUUGGAGUUAGCAUCUAGAUCAGUUUUUGCAAUUCAAUACAAAGAAACUGAUUGGGCUCGUAGGCAGCAGCUAGUGAAUAUACUUUCCGGAUUUGAUGUAGAUCAACUUGGAAAUUGCUUUUUGGUCUUCACCACAGCAGACAUGGUUGCGGUUAUCAUGGAAGUGGCACGAUCCUUGAAAAUGGUUAAUACAUCUAGUCAAUGGCUUUAUGUCAUAAAUGAUGCUAGCGAAAGAGAUGUUAAUAUAACAUCAUUCAGCGAAUUAUUAGAAGAAGGGGAAAACAUAGCUUUCCUUUAUAAUAUAACAAACAAAAACAAAACGUGCAGUAUUAAUUUAGACUGUUAUGGCAAAGAAAUUAUUAGAGCAUUGGCAAUCACUUUGGACAAUGCUUAUGUCAAAGAAAUUGAAUUGUACGAGCAAGUUACUGACGAAGAAUUUGAGAUCGUUCGCUUGACCAAGGCUGAGAGACGGCGUGAGAUCAUCGAAAAUAUGAUUAAGGAACUUUCUUUGGAAAGAACAAUAUAUGGCGGUAGCUGCGGUCAGUGUUUAUCAUGGAAAAUCACAGCAACAGUUACCUGGGGCACGUCAUUCAUAAGUGAGAAUGAAACGAUCGGACAGCUUAUUGAUUCUGGAUUUUGGUCGCCUGGAAUUGGACUGAAUAUGAAUGAUGUUAUAUUUCCACAUGUGCAACACGGUUUUCGUGGAAAGAAAUUGCCAAUGGUAUCCUAUCAUAACCCACCUUGGCAAAUAGUUAGUCAUACUGAAAGUGGUGAAGUUCAAUAUACUGGAUUAAUCUUUAAUAUUAUCAAGCAUCUGAGUGUAAAAUUAAAUUUUACAUACACCGUGGUAACGACGACGAACGCACGAGAUACCAAAAUAGCCAAUCACACUCGUCAUGUUAAAAUGUUACAAAAAACCAUAGACAAAGUUUCCGCAUCGAUAACCAAUAACGUUCCAGAUGCUUUGAUAGAGUUAGUGCGAACAAAAAAGGUUUUAAUGGCUGCAUGUGUAUAUACUAUUAGCGAAUACCGGAAGACUCUCGUCAACUUUACAAUACCUGUAUCUAUCCAGACGUACAGUCUUCUAGCUUCCAGACCAAGACAGUUGUCCAGGGCAUUGCUCUUCAUGUCCCCAUAUACCAAGGAGACCUGGGCCUGCCUGAGUGCUGCUAUUAUCAUAAUGGGACCAAUUUUGUACCUUGUGCACAAGUUCAGUCCUUGCCAUAUGAAUGUGCAUGUGGCUUCAGGCUUGAAUUCACCUUGGAAAUGUACGUGGUAUGUCUACGGUGCCCUUCUUCAGCAAGGUGGGAUGAUGCUACCUUCUGCAGAUAGUGCUCGCCUACUUGUGGGAACCUGGUGGCUUUUCGUCAUGGUCGUCAUAGCAACGUACUCCGGAAACUUGGUUGCCUUCUUAACAUUCCCAAGGAUGGAUGAUUCGAUUACCUCUGUGGAUGAUCUCCUUUUGCGUGACGGUCAGGUUACUUGGGGCUUUCCCAAUGGCAGUUUCCUUGAGAAUUAUCUACGUGAUGCCAACGAAGUAAAGUACAGUAGAUUAUUGGCUGGUGCUGAAAGACAUAAUUCAUCCGAGGAUCAAGAUAUUAUCAGAAGAGUUCGCACAGGGACACAUAUUUUAAUUGACUGGAGGAGUUCGUUAAGAUUUUUAAUGAAACGCGAACUCCUGUCUACCGGCGGGUGCGAUUAUUCACUUAGUUCAGAGGAGUUCAUGGAUGAGCCAAUAGCCAUGAUCGUGCCUCAAGGAAGUCCAUACUUGUCCCUUAUUAAUAAGGAAAUCAAAAGAAUGCACGAGACUGGUCUCAUUCAUAAAUGGACAACAGACUGGAUGCCUGUCAAGGAUAAAUGCUGGGGAGGUCCUGGCAUCAAUCAAGAAGCUAAUAAUCACAAAGUCAACAUGAGCGACAUGCAGGGUAUUUUUUUCGUCCUGAUUAUAGGAGUCAUACUAGCAGUGACAAUGUUAACCUGCGAAUUCUGUUGGUACAAACGGAAGGUUGCCAGUGAACGGAAGUUGAUACGCCCUUUUGUCCCUUGAUCAAGUAAUUCAACGUUGCUGUCCAAAGUUUGCGUCGAUUUCAUGAUGUGUCUGUAAAAAGCGAAUAAGAGGUACAUAAAAUGUCAGAAAACGAGAGGAAACAUAAAAAAAUUCGUUCUCAUUAGUUUAUUUUACUGACGGCAAAUGUUAAUUGGAAUUGUGAGCCACUAACGUUAAGUACCAAAGUAGUAAGGAUAAGACCCGUGAAGCAGUAGUACUGUAAGAGAAAUAGACAGCAGCAUGUCGUACCAAUAAUUGGAUUCGCGCGAUCCUAGGUAAUUGUCAGUGCGAAAUAAUUGUAAGGCUCAUUGUUCAGCAAUCGCAAUGUAUUUAGCAACGAUAGAACGAACCGCCGUGGUAAAAGUCAUGAAAUUACAUAACGGGUAAUGAUUCUCCCACCUCGUAACCAGGUCUUCGCAUGGCGUGCCACCUUAUUGCGUUACGGGCAUGUUAAUAAAUGAAAACGGCAACUACGUAGCGAUUAGUGCGCCUUGGCUACGGCAGCAUUGUAAACAGAGUUUAAUUGUCGUUCUCGAAGGGUUAAUUGUUAUUUUAAAAAAAAAAAAAAAUUGCAAAUCAACGGUAAUUAAUAAAAAUUCAAAAUUUUAAAAUUUAUUCGUGCUACUGUGUACGAUAAAAGAAUUGACAAAAUUAUACGAAAAAAAAAUAAUCGUACGUCUUAAUGGAGAUGUUAGGGAACUGUAAAACUUUUUUUGACUUUUAUACUUUUUCAUCAAAGAUCGUAUCGAAUUGAAAUCAUAAGAACGUUAAACUGUACGUGCUAGAUUUACCGGUGCUCGAUUGAACGAUCGUUCAAUCAGGAUUGGAGACUCGUGAAAAAAAAGUUGAGGAAUUGUGAGAACAGGUAUAACAACAGUGCUUAAGUAUCGAUCAUAUAUAUAUAUUCAGUGAUAAAAAGGUCCAGGUGAAUAGUAAAGAUGACGUAAGAAGCAGAUCGAUAAAAAAUUUAAAAAGAAAGAUCGAUCGUGACUCGAGAUGAGAUGAGAUGAUUGUUAUUCUUGUUCGAACGGUACUCCAGCUGGAAUAUAAUAUAUCUAUUGGACUUAUUGUUUGCUCGUUGUUGUGAUCCAAUCACUGGAAUGCCUUAGGAAUCCUAAUUAAAGUCGAAAAGGAUCAAAUAAAAUAGUAACGCAGA